UCCACGGUUCUUGUUUACCCUGAAAAUAACGUUUUUAAACGCAUUAAAAAGAUUAAAACUGACAUUAAAUAAAAAUGAAGGAGGGUUUCCACCAAGGAGACGGUUAAAGUUAAUUAUUAUACAGCGUCUCAUGUAGGUCAUGUAGGCAGUAAAGACCUGCCCUGAUGAGGUGCAGCCGGGCAUAAAAGAGGCUGCAGGUUUCAGCUGAAUCAGGAGAUCCUCUGGAACCGCUGGUUCUGAACCAGAACCUGUAGACUCAGUGGAUUUCUCAGAAUGUACGGCCAGAAUCAGGGGAACCAGUACCCAGGUGGGUACCCCAACCAUCCUCAGCAGAUGCCAGGAGGUAACCCUGCGUUCCCUCCGCCGAUGUCGAACUGCCCUCCUGUAGCUGGACAUCCGGGACACGCACACGGACCUGGACACGGUCCCGGUCCCGGGCAAUGCCCCCUAAAGUGCCAGAGCCAGUGCAAGGGUCAGUGUCACGGAGAUGGACACAAAGAUAAGAAAAAACACAAGCACAAGGACAAGGGGAAGCACAAGCACAAGGACAAGCAUGGCCACAAACACAGCCACUGCCACAAGAAGGGAAAGGACAGCCACGGGUCCUCCAGCAGCUCCUGCAGCAGCAGCAGCAGCAGCAGCGACUCGGAUUAAAUGGAAACAUUCUUGGAUCUGAAAGAACCAUCAGUUCUCGGGGUCCUGCUUCCUUCUACAUCUUCUGGUUUUGUUGUUUUCUAGCAUAGAGAUGUUGUCAGUUAAACCUAUUAGAGGCACCUGAUCUGAUUCCUGUCUGAAAAAAACUACUGAACCGUUGUGAGAAAGGCACUUUUCUCUAAGAAAAACCUGAUCCUGGAUGUGUUUGCUGUGGCUUUCUGAGCUGGAAAAAAGUAAUUUCAGUGCAUGAUGAAUGUCAAUAAAUUUAUUUUACUGCCACCCAC